CAUUUUGGCCAAAUCAGCAUCAGUCGCAGUCCAACCAGCCUGCCAUCACCACCCGAAACAAUCCGUCGACUUGCCAGUCAUCUUUUCAGUUGCUAGCCAUGGCUUUCCGCUACCUCAUUCCCCUGUGCGCCCUGCUGGCCUGCGCCAACGCCGGUCUCCUGGCCGUGGCCAAUCCCUCCGUGGACGCGGUGGCCGCCACCCAGCAGAAUGUGGUCCGCUCCUUCGACGGCACUGUUUCCAGCUACUCCAAGGCUGUGGAUACCCCGUACUCGAGCGUGAGGAAGACCGACACCCGGAUCCAGAACAACGUUUACACUCCAGCAAUUGCCAAGACCACGUAUGCUGCUCCUCUGUACACCCAGGCCACUCCCAUUGUAGCCAAGACCGUGGCUGUUCACGCUCCGGCUCCAGUGGUCGAGAAGACCGUCUACGCUGCUCCUGCUCCUUUGGUUGCUAAGGCUGUCUACGCUGCUCCUGCUCCAGUUCUGGCCAAGACUGUCUACUCCGCUCCUGCUCCCGUUCUGGCCAAGACUGUCUACUCCGCUCCUGCUCCAGUGCUGGCCAAGACUGUCUACUCUGCGCCUGCUCCCGUCAUUCCCAAGACUUAUGCUGCCCCAGCUGUCUACGCUGCUCCUGCUCCAGUGAUUGCCAAGACCUAUGCUGCCCCAGCUGCAGUUUACGCCGCUCCUGCUCCAGUUGUGGCCAAGACCGUGUACGCCGCUCCUGCUCCAGUUGUGGCCAAGACCGUGUACGCCGCUCCCGCUCCCAUCGUGGCUGCUCCCGUGAUCGCCAAGACCUACGCUGCCCCAGCUCCAGUCUACGCCGCUCCCGCUCCCGUGCUGGCCACCACUAACGUAAACCACGGACCCGCCGCCACCACCUACACCCACAACGCCCCCGCCCUGGGCGUCUCCAGCUACGGCAGCUCCCAGACGGUCCAGUACUCGCCCGCCGAGUCUGUUUCCCACAUGAGCUUCGACGGUUUCGGCACCCACUGGGGUUUCUAAGCCUUGUUAUGUCUUCGGCUAUUGUUAAAGCUUCUUGUUAAUGUUUGGCGGUUAAUAAAGACAGAGAUCGAU